CGCUCCGGAAGAGGGAAAGAGCCGAGUGGCGGCGGCUGGGGCGGCAGCGGGAUGGCAGCGCGGGGUUCCGCGGGGGAUGCUGCGUUCCGCCGCGCGGCCGAACAGUGGCUGCUCUGGGAUAAGAAUCCAAAAACUUACGCAAUCGUGAAACAAUUGCUUGCGGAAGGAAAUGCCGGAGAACUGCAGAAAUACUUUGGCUCACGGAUGGAGUUUGGCACAGCAGGGCUCAGAGCUGCCAUGGGAGCAGGGAUUUCCCACAUGAAUGACUUGACUAUUAUCCAGACAACCCAGGGAUUUUGCAGAUACCUUGAGAAGAAUUUCAGUGACCUGAAAAAGAGAGGAGUUGUGAUUGGGUUUGAUGCUCGUGCUCAUCUUUCCAGUGGAGGAAGUAGCAAAAGGUUUGCAAGACUUGCUGCCAAUACCUUCAUCAGUCAGGGAGUUCCAGUUUAUCUAUUCUCUGAUAUAAUACCAACCCCCUUUGUGCCAUACACAGUAACUCAUCUGAAGCUUUGUGCUGGAAUUAUGGUUACUGCUUCCCAUAAUCCAAAACAAGACAAUGGUUACAAGGUUUACUGGGAAAACGGUGCUCAGAUCAUUUCUCCUCAUGACAAAGGAAUUUCUCAGGCUAUUGAGGAGAACCAAGAACCGUGGCCUCAGGCUUGGGAUGACAAACUGAUUGACAGCAGCUCACUACUUCAUGAUCCAUAUGCCAUGGUCAAUAAGGAGUAUUUCAAAGACAUACAGAAACAGUGCUUUUACAGGAAUAUAAACAAGGAAACAAACCUGAAAUUUGUUCAUACUUCUGUGCAUGGCGUAGGACAUAAAUUUGUGCAGUUGGCAUUCAAGGCAUUUGACCUCAGCCCUCCUUUUGCUGUUCCGGAGCAGAAAGAUCCUGAUCCAGAUUUUCCCACAGUGAAGUAUCCAAAUCCUGAAGAAGGCAAAGGUGUUCUGACAUUGUCUUUUGCUUUGGCUGAAAAAGAUGGGGCAAGAAUCAUUUUAGCAAAUGAUCCUGAUGCUGAUCGACUGGCAGUGGCAGAGAAACAAGAGAGUGGUGAAUGGAAAGUGUUUUCUGGAAAUGAACUAGGAGCUCUUUUAGGCUGGUGGAUCUUCACUUGCUGGAAAAAUAACAGUAGGGAUACUUGUGCCAUUAAAGAUGUCUACAUGUUAUCCAGUACUGUUUCUUCCAAAAUCCUGAGAGCAAUUGCACUAAAGGAAGGUUUUCACUUUGAGGAAACACUGACAGGUUUCAAGUGGAUGGGCAACCGUGCCAAACAGCUCAUGGACCAGGGGAAAGCUGUUCUCUUUGCAUUUGAAGAGGCUAUAGGGUAUAUGUGCUGUCCUGCUGUUCUGGACAAAGAUGGUGUCAGUGCUGCUGUUAUAACUGCGGAAAUGGCCAGCUUUUUGGCAACCAGGAAUUUGUCUUUGUCUCAGCAGCUGAAAGCUGUCUAUGAUGAAUAUGGCUUCCAUAUUACCAAAGCUUCGUAUUUCAUCUGCCAUGAUCCUAAAGUUAUUCAACAGCUUUUUGACAACCUUAGAAAUUUUGAUGGAAAAAACACAUACCCAAAAUCUUGUGGUAGAUUUAAAGUUUCUGGAAUAAGGGAUCUAACUACUGGGUAUGACAGCAGCCAGCCAGAUCAAAAGGCUAUACUUCCUACUAGUAAAAGCAGCCAGAUGAUAACAUUCACUUUUGCUAAUGGAGGAGUGGCCACAAUUAGAACCAGUGGGACGGAACCAAAGAUCAAAUACUAUUCUGAACUUUGUGCACCCCCUGGAAACAGUGAUGCUGAACAGCUGAAGAGGGAGCUAGAUGAAUUGGUCAAUGCUCUUGAAAAACACUUCUUUCAACCAGAAAAAAACAAACUUCAACGAAAGACUGAGUAAAAUAGCAAAAUAACUACCUUGAUGGGGUUUUGCAGCAUUAGAAGUGCAUUAUUUAAGGAGUUGAAGUUUUUUUAGGACCAAACAUCUGAGAACUCUGACUAUAAAGACUUCUGCUUUUAAGAGUUACUUUGGGUACUCUUAGCUCUAGUAUCUUAUUUUGACAGGAAAGUACCUUUACCCUUAAUGGACCAAAAAACCCAUCAGUUGAACUAAAAGCUUUAUGAACUGAAAGUAGACUGCAAAUGUAUUUAAAUCAAAAUUUGUUUUAAUUAAAUAUAAGUAAUAUUCUGGUAUCUGAAACAGCCUGUUUUGUGGUGACUUGUUUCUUUUGUGUGCAUAUAAUCUGAAAACACUAUGCAACUUUGUCUAGGUUUAGAUUUGCAAAGCAAGUUCUCCUGUUAACAGGAAAUAUUUAAAGCCUGUGGUGAGAUGGACAAACUUGGGGCAGAUGAUUCAGAAGUAGUGAUCUUUUAUAGGGAUUUUGGCCCAAAUAAAUGAGGAACUCACAGCAAAUUUGUUAAAUAUCUAUUUGCUGUGGGACUAUAUAUCAUAUUCCAGGCUAGAGACACAAAGUGUACCAAGCUGUCUUUGAAUACUAUGAACCCAUUAAGAUAGUAUAUCUACAUACAGCACCUUUCUGUUGCCUCACUGAACACAGCUUAAUUAGUUCAAAGCAUAGCCCAAUUUUGGAGCCUCUCACACUGUUUGCUGCCAUGACUUGGUGCAUAACUCUGUGUUUAACUUAGAGCAGAAGUUUCCAUUUCAUUGCAUGCUCUUGUCUGUGCUUGCAAAGCCUGAGAGGGUUUUUUGGAGUUUGCCAGUUGACUUUAAUAUGGGGCUUUUCUGCAUUUUCAGUACUUGCUUUGGAUAUCAGUGUAGCAUUAAUAGUCAGAACCAUAGGUACAUACUUAGAAAUGCAAAAUUUCUAAACUUGAUUAUCCUCCCAGAAUUCAAGUCUUCUGUGCUUGUUAUUUUCAGUGCAAUUUGAAGAUUGCAGCAGUUGUGCAGCUUGGUACAGAGGCGCAGCCCUGGGGGGACUGGAAGAAGAAGUUUUACAGUCUGAUGUACCACUGCAGAUCAUGUGCAGUCUUGUGGUGAGAGGCCUCAAAAAUUAGUCUGGGGAUGCUUCAGGGAUCUUUGAUGGUUUAUGACACCUUCUAAGAUAUGACAGCUGCCUCUCAAGUCAGCCUAGUUGAGUGAAUUAUGACCCAUCAGAAUGAAUACCUUCAGGCCUCCAUGUGAAUGUCCCUGUACUUUUCCAGAGGGGAGUUUUCAUGCCUGAGCUAGUUGUGUAAGGGGGGGACACUGGCAUGAUAAAAAGCACUAUCCCAUCAUGCAGGAUCUGCUUACUGGCUUCCUCCUUGCUUGAAGGCAGACAGAGGAAUGGUUCUUCAGGAACCAGGCUGGGGCAGUGCCUUCUAUUUGGGCCUUGAUGAGCUACACCCAGGGCUGGAAGAAGUUUUGUGGGUCUGUACAAGCCUGCAGCCAUGGGUUUCAACAGGGGAGGUGAUUCUUUCCCUCCACUCUGCUCUUGUGACACCCCACCUGGAGUACUGCAUCUCAGCACAAGAAUGACAUGAACCUGUUAGAGUAGGUCCAGAGGAAAGUCAUGAAAACAGCCAGAGGGUUAGAAUACCUGUACUGGGAAAAAAAGACUGAGAGUGCUGAGGCUGCUCAGCCUGUAGAAGAGGCUAUGAGAUCUUUCAAUAUAUGAAGAGAGCUUAUAAGAAACAUACUUUUUACCAGGGACUGUAGAGACAGGACAAAGGGAAACAGUUUUAAAGUGAAAGAGGAUAGAUUUAAUUGGAUACAAAGAAAGAUUUUUAUUUUUUUUUAUACUGAGGGGCAUGAGAAAUGGGAACAAGUUGCCCAGCAAAGCUGUUGGAUGCCUGAAAGUGUUCAAGGCUAAGCUGGAUGCAGUUUUGAGCAGUCUGAUCUGGUGAAAGGUGUCCCUGCAUCAUGUAGGGUGGUUGAACUAGGUGAUUUUUAAAAGGGGCCUUCAGACUGAAACCAUUCCAUCAUUCCUUUUACUUUCAUUUGUAUUGGGAGGACUCACAUUUAUUUUGGUACAGAAUAUGUUAAAGGAUGCUUUACUGAAUUAAUGGGGAAGAACUGAAGACAGAGGAUUAGAGGUUCUGAUUUUUUUUAUGUGUUUGUCUUAAAAUCACAGGCUAGAGAGGCAUAUUUUACAUCUGCCAAAGCUGGAUUAGGAUUUUGCUAGUGUUAGAAGUCUGGAAGUGAGACCUGCAAUGCACUCGUGUACUGAAACAUCCUUAGUAUGGCUUUAGAGCAUCUUCAGAAACAGUACAGACAUUGGAUGAUGACCUAAUCUUUAUCAUUGUCUUCCUAAGGUAAAGGAAUUUAUUUGCUCCAUUCCUUUCUCUAUUCCAGAGAGAAGUUCACAACUUGGGGGUGGGGGGUGUGUGACCAAAAAAAGCAGCUGCUUGAGCAAUUACAACAAACUGCAAAAUUACAAGAGAAAACUUGUUAUUGCUAAAGUCUUUACCAACUUUCUGUUGCAUCAGAGAAAAGAGGAUCUAGUACUGAAGUAAAGAAUCAAAACAAAGGCAGCAAGAGUAUAGCGAAGAGAGAAGUUAGUAUUGCAAGUCAGAACGGGUGUUAAGCUGCAGUUUCUAAGUCUAAUUCUUACACUAAAGUGUUGUGUAAGAUAAUGAAGCCUACUUAGACAGUAUUACUCUCAAGAUAGCUAUUAAAACACAGGCAAAUGUAAUUUAUAAAAGAGCAGCCUUGAACUGGGAGCAGGUGUACUAGUGUUUUAUCCAGAAAUGGGAAUUGCCAUGACUGGAAUGAAGAGUGCUUGCAGCCCAGACUGAACUCAGGCAUAAGGGAAUUCUUGGCUGUUUCUAGAGAAAGACACAUCCCUACAUUACCAAAAACAUGUAAAAUGAGCCUGUUUUAUAUAACAGAUGAAAACACAAUUCCAGUGACAGUUGUAAACAUUGAUCCUAUAGGGGAUUAGGCCUAUGGGACUAGAGGGAAGGGCUCAGAAAGAGUAGCAUAGUACUCCAAACUCUGCCAAAAUAAAACCCCAAACAGUAAUGCUUUAGGAGGAGACCAAUGGACUUCACUUAAAGGUUAUUAGUUUUUUUACAAACCCAGUUUCAUAAAAUUUACUGAAUAAUUUAAAAUUCAGGGAUGGAUUGAAACAGUUUGGGUGGAAGGAAGUAAAUACAUUCCAUCUUCCUUACAGGCUAUGAACUUAGUCCAUGGCAUAUUAUGUAAAAAUACUGUUAUGAUACUCAAGUACUGUACUUGAAUUGCAAAAGGAUUUAUUUGAUAAUUUUGCUAUAUACAACAAAUAAAAUUUGCUAUAUACAACAAAUACAACGAUAACUGGAAUUCAUUCCAAGGGAAGAUUUAUUAUAUAAGCAAUUUUCAUGUUGUACAAAUGUGUGCUUGAAUAUGUAACUGAUUUACCUACAAAGUUUCUGUAAAUAAAGUUUUUCUUCUUGCCCA